ACCAUUUUGCGACUGUAGUGUAGAAUGUACAGGGCAGUAGUUUUUUUCUUUCCUCCUUUUUUAAGUUGCUCCGCCGGAGAAAACAUGAAUUAAUCGGGCAGCUGCGGACUCACCGGCUCACCUUGCCCUAUUUUACCCGGCGGACUCAUUCCUGAAUCACACUGCUGGUGUUUUACUCCACGUUAGCUGUGAGUCUCUGGAAUAAGGUGGGCAAGUAGUGCUGAAGUCGAGCAACCAAGACAAGACAGGAUGAGAGAGAGAGGCCCCGGCAGAGGAGGAAAAUAGAGAGAAUAGAAAAGGAGGAGGAAGAAGAAGAAAAAACGAAAACGAGGCAGAGCAAGAGAAGAACGCCAAAGACAAUCUCUGGGAUAAAUAAAUAAAAAGGAUUUGUUUGGAGGAAAGGCAAGCUAGAUGAAAAGAUGAAGCCGAUAAAGAAGCAGGGGCGGCGCUCUCCUCCCUCCACCCGGGCCAAAGGGGGGAAGCGACGCGGAGUGGGGGAUGCCCCUGAAGGAGGGGAGAAGAGAGACUCAGACGAGAACAGAGACAGAAGCAGAUCCCCGCAAAACCGAACACCCUCUUCUUGUUUUUCAUCAAAUUCACACUCAGAGUCCUCCCAGGUGGACCCGAUCAGAGCACGGGAUGCUUCAGAGGCGGAGGGUCUCCACAGAGAAGGGCUGUCGGAGACGACGGUGUCACUCACAGUGGAUUCUGGGAAGUUGUUGACAUCCUCGGACGACAGAUCGGGGAGGUCCGCCGUGAGCGGCAGCAGCGACAGCGGCGGCAGCAGUUGCAGUAACAGCAGUACGCCGAGCGCCAACAACAGCCCGAACCCCGCCUCCAGCCGGAAAACAGCCACCUUCAAGGCGCGCGUCCCCAAAAAGAAGUACACCUCCGAACACUGCUCGUCUACUACUGGUAACCAUAGCAACCCUUCCUCCAGCACGCCCCCUCCUCUUCCUCUCAGCGGUGGGGUCAUUAACCACGGGUCAACGGGUUCAGGAAGUGACAUCUGCGUCUCGCACCCUGAUGGCAACAGUCAGAGUCGGAGCCUGAUGGACGACUUCCACAGCAGGACCACCGGCAGGGAGGGGCCUCAGGAUGGCUCCCCAGGACCCCCUACCCUGUCGCUGGGAGGGGAGAGGGAAAGGCCUGGAAGAGGUGAAGGUGUGAGAGAGGCAGAGCGAGUGUCGCCAAGCCCCCUACCCCGCUGCUCCUCAACGGACACCGCGAGCGAGCACUCAGCCGACCUGGAGGUUGUCGGUGACACACAAGCCCAUAUGCAGAUGUCUUCACAUGCACCACCCAGCCUCCCCGACACACUGUCCGACGCCUUAGCCAAAGGCCUGAAGAAUCAGCGUGUUCUCGCCCGCCAGCUCAGGAGAAGGAGUGACCAAGAUGGAGCGAGCGAAAGGAGGGACGAAGUGGCGUGUUCAGACUUGGUGUUCCGGGCUGGGGUGGUCCGUAAGGUCAGCGGUGAGUUUGGAAGCCUGGAGGUGCAACUAAACGGCGAGAAGACGCUGUGGCGUUAUCCAUAUCGACAUGACAGCCCCCCAGGGGUGGUGGACAUUAUACUAGAUGCCCCGCCGCCUGGUGUUCAUCCAAUACCUAUUGGCACCCGUGUCUGUGUACCAUUUGGCAAUGAGGAGGGCAGCGAGGGCCAGUGGCAGUGGUACAGGGAAGGUGUGGUGACCCAGGUGGAUACGCACCCUGCAGUGGCCAACCGCUACCGCGUCCUGCUGUCUGAGGAAAGAUCUCACUCUGUGGAAGCAGAAGAGGAUGGCAGAGCUGGUGCUACCCAGGCGGUGUGGGUCUCCCGACAAACACUCCGACUUCUGGUGCCACCCUGGGACCUGGAUCUGCCGUCCGGAGGAGGCCGAGAUGGAGACGAAGGGCUCAGAGAUAAAGAAAGGGAGCGGGAGGACAGGGAGGAGAUGGACAUGGAGCAGGAGGUCUGUCGUUCGAGCCAUGGGAUGGUACCCGGAGUGGGGUCAGGAAGAGGAAUACCUUACCCAGGCAUGGUCCCGGUUUCCUCCACAUCUGUCCACAACAUCACCUCCCCGAUAACCCCAGCAUCAGUCCUCAGCCUCGCUCCUGGCAGAGAGUGGGAAAUUGAGAAAGACUUGGAGAGGGAGAGGGACCUCCAGAGAAAACAGGAUAGAGAGAGGGAAAGAGAGCGAGAAAGGGAGAACAGUGUAAAGCAGCAGCAGCAGCAUCAACAGCAGCAACUCCACCCGUACAUGCCACUCACCCCCGAAGAAGACAUGGAGGUGUCCCAUUUUAACAUGGUCCCAAUGGGGGCGAUCAUACCCGGGGCCAAAUCUAUGGCAGUUCCCCAACACCGCCACAUUGUCUCUAAGCCCCCACCUGGCUACCUCAAUCCCCACCUGUCUGUGGUGCGGGGCAUCGGGAUCCCCCCUGCACACCUGGCCUUGAACCCCCACCCACCUCCAUCACCUGUCCUGUUAGGCCUCGAUCCAGCAGCUGCUGCGGUCAUCACCACCCCCCAGCUCCCUCCACUCCCCCCGAUCUCCUCUUCUACUGCAUCCUCCUCCAGAGUGGACAAAACUUCAGGAGGAGGCUCCUCCGGCGGGGGAGCAGGUGGUGGAUCAGGAUCAGGAUCCACUUCCUCCUCCUCCUCACGUUCCCGCACCCCGCUCACAGCUGCCCAGCAAAAGUACAAGAAGGGAGAUGUGGUGUGCACACCGACAGGCAUCCGUAAGAAGUUCAAUGGGAAGCAGUGGAGGAGGCUGUGCUCCAGAGAGGGCUGCUCUAAGGAGUCCCAGCGCCGAGGAUACUGCUCCAGACACCUCUCGAUGAGGACCAAGGAGAUGGAAGCCAACGGAGGCAGCCGGGAACGGGGUGGAGCCAGCAGCACAGGGACCCUGACGCCGUCUGACCUCCGUCUGAGCACGGGCAGAGCCAGCUCAGACUUUGACUGGGACGAGACGUCACGGGAAAGCAGCGAGGCCAGCAGCCGCGGAGGAGACUCCCGUCCCCGCUUGGUCCUUCCCUCUCUCCACCCUCAGGAUCUCUCCCGUUUUGACUUCGAUGAGUGUGAGGCAGCGACCAUGCUGGUCUCCCUGGGGGGCUCUCGUUCAGGCACACCCUCAUACUCCCCUAUCUCCAACCAGUCGCCCUUCUCCCCUACACCAUCGCCCUCGCCCUCUCCGCUCUUCGGCUUCCGCCCUGCCAAUUUCAGCCCCAUCACUGCUCCCGCCUCACUUACUCCACGCCGCCAUCGCCAGCUAAGCGGCACGAAGAUGGGCACGCCGGGCGCCGAGCGAGAGCGUCACCUGUCGGGGAUUGUGCCCACUUUUCAGACCAACCUCACAUUCACAGUCCCCAUGAGCCCCAGCAAGAGGAAGCUCGACACCCACCCGCCUCCUCCGCUUCCUGCUGUCCAGGACUACCAGACCAAACCUGAGCAGCAGCAGUUGGUGGGGUUAGGUGGAGGCAUGGUGGGAGACUCAAUCCUGGGCCACAACCCUGCCGCCUUUAGAGUCCUCUCCCCUCAGAGUCAACCUACAACGCCCUCCUCACUCUCCUUCCCCCGACCCCGUAGCGCCACCAGCAGGCCACCAUCCUCAGCUGCCUCCACGCCUCCACCCAUGCUGGUAUCUCCCACUCCUCCCUCCCCGCUGCCGCAGGAACCCUCCCCACGCCGAAACGUGCCCCUCCGCGACUCCCCGGUCAUCGUCCGUAACCCAGAUGUCCCCCUGGCCAAGUUCACAGAGGGUCCGUUAGGACGGAGGGAGAGGAGCAGGUCCAGAGAGCACAGCCAGCCCCAACACUCAGCUCCACCCGGCCUGCAGGUCCCCAUCCCCAUCAACGGGGCCACCACCAACGGUGCAGUCCUCCUGCGCAACCCCACAUCCACACUCGUCCUGGUCACAUCCAGCUCGUCCCUGACUCCAGCCUCAGUGGGCCACGCCGCCCUGUCCAGCUCCUCUGCCCCCGGGUCGAUGCCCACGUCAUCAGGCUCAGUCCUGUCUUCCUCUGGUUCCGGUGGCAGGGAGAGGGAAAGGAAACCCGAGGGACACCAGGACGCCUCUGGAGGGGCGCUGCCGCAGCCGGUAGCCUGUCACCCAACGCCAACAGCUCUGCUGCCGCUCAUACUGCCAGCCGAGUCGCCUCACCCUGCUCCACGCAAGCAAAUCAUCAUGGGACGUCCAGGGACUGUUUGGACCAACGUGGAGCCUCGGUCGGUGCCAGUGUUCCCUUGGCAUUCACUCGUCCCUUUCCUGGAGCCCAGCCAAUCAGGAGCGGCUGCCCAGCCUGCUGAUGGCCAACAGCUUGUCAAUCAGAGCAAAGAGCCUCGUUUCGGCGUGGCCCCGGUGAGCGACGGGCGGUCCGGCCCUCCAGACCUUGAGAGGGGCUCGCCGUCGUGCCCUCCCCCGACCAAUGACAAUCCUCCUGCAGAUAGGGGCGGGGCUGACAGCGAGACAGAGAGCGAUAUAGAUGACCCGUUUUCCCCGGGUGUGGCCAACGAUCCGGCGCCCUCCACUGGCCCCAUGAAGAGACGCACACAGUCCCUCAGCGCCCUGCCUAAGGACGGAGACAGGAAGAGGGAGAAGGACCACAUCCGCCGUCCCAUGAAUGCAUUCAUGAUCUUCAGUAAACGCCACCGCGCCCUGGUACACCAGCGACACCCCAACCAGGACAACCGGACAGUCAGCAAGAUCCUGGGGGAGUGGUGGUACGCUCUGGGGCCCAACGAGAAGCAGCAGUACCACGAUCUGGCCUUCCAGGUGAAAGAGGCCCACUUCAAAGCCCACCCAGACUGGAAGUGGUGCAACAAGGACCGCAGGAAGUCUCUGUCAGAGGGCCGUGGGACGCCAAAGGAGCCACGGGAGAGGAGCAUGUCAGAGAGCAUAGAGCCCCAUCCGGAGUCCCAGGUGCUCGAGGGGAAAGGAGGAGGCUCGGGCUGGCCGGGGGGAUCAGAGCGUCAGGGGGGGCUGUUUGUAGGGCAGCAUCCCCGUCCCCGAGCUUUCUCCCAGAGUGCCGUGCACACCCUGGAGCAGAGGGAGCGAGAGAGAGACCUGGAGAAGGAGGACGGGGCGAGCUUGUUUCGCCAUCGGCCCCUGCCUCAGUCCCUGUACGAGGGCGGCGCCAGCGAAGACGUGACCAGCGACGAAGAGCGCAUGGUCAUCUGCGAGGAGGAGGGGGACGAUGAUGUGAUGGAGGAUUCCUGUCCUGAAGGCUCCAUCGACCUCAAGUGCAAAGAGAGAGUGACGGACAGCGAUGAGGACGAGCCAGACGGACAGCAUGGCUUCCAGCCAGUGGCUCGCUCCUCUUCUUCUCCCUCCAUCCCUCAUUCCGACUCCACCUCAGCUAAAGGGAACGGAGGAGGAGGAGGAGGAGGAGGAGGUGGUGAAGAGGGCUCUGAGAGGAAGAGAAAGAGAGCUACGGACGGAGGAGAGGAGGGGAGCGAGGGAGGAUCCAAGAGAGAAGAAGCAGAAGCAGGCGGAGGAGAAGGAGGUGGAGGAGGCGGGCAGGGUGUCUCCUCUCUGUCCAUCACGACAUCCGGCACCCAAGCUCCCCUCAUUGUGCCCCAGCAGGGCUUGACCCAGGUCCUCGGCGCCGUCCGCAUGGCUCCCACUAUGGUGACCAAUGUGGUGCGACCCAUCGCCAGCACGCCCAUCCCCAUCGCGAGUAAGCCCGUGGAAGGAGCCGUCACCCUCAGCUCCCUGCCCCAGGACAAGAAAGCCACUCUCCUGAUUGGAGGAGGCGGACCUCAGCAGCUGCCAAUCAGUGCAGGGGGUGGGUACCUGUCCUCAUCCUCCUCUCCCGGUCCAGUCAGUGUAACCCCUUUGGGCGGCGGCGGCCUGGUCACUAACCUGGUUCUGGCAGGGUCCUUUCCCACCGCUCAACCAGCCGUGCAGCUCGUCCCCCCGCAGCCUCACGCACAAACCCCCGUACCUGUCCUCCAGCCCCAGCUCCACCCCACUGCUGCCACCACCACCACCACCAACACCUCCUCUCUCACACCUCCCGCCGGCCCCAAGCCGCUAGCUCAGGUCCAGUACAUCCUGCCUACCGAGAGCCCCUCCUCCCCUCAGCUCACCCACCAGCAAAUUCUCUCCCUGCCCACCAAUGCCGCCCUGGCCAAUGGCGUGCACUCGGGCGUGGGAAUCAGAGUUGCGUCAGUCAGCCCUGGGACCAGAGUCCAAACGCAGUCGCCCGUCUUGCAGAGCAAGAUGUUGGUUCCCAUGGCAACAGUGAGAACAGGGUCUACUCCUCCUCAUCCUUCCAUCUCCCUGGUCGCUCCGCCUCUUCCUGUGCAGAACGGCCCCGCGACGGCAAACAAGAUCAUCCAGAUCGCUCCCAUGCCCGUGGUCCAGACCAACGUUCACCCUAACGGCGCAGCGGCAGUGCACCCUGGGAGCCCCUUUCCUGUUUCCGUGGCAACGGUGAUGCAGGCUCCCGGUGCCGCGCCCCCACAGACCGUUCUUCUGACCUCUCCACCCACCAGGAUCACCUACGUCCAGUCUGGCCCAGGAGUUACCACGGCAACACCCCAACAGGCCGCACCCGCUCCAGGCCCUGCCUAUCUCCCAUCGUCUCUGGCAACCCUCGGCUUCACCGCCAUCGCCCCGGCCGGGCAAACUCUGGUUCAGCCAAUCGUCGGUCAACCGCCACUGCUAGCUCCAGCUCCGCCCCUGAGCUGUCAAUCACAGACCCCCCCAGGUCAGGCCUCGGAAGCUGCUGGUCGCCAGGUACUAACUGCCAUCUAUCCUGCACCGACUGUCGCACUGGCUACCGGCGUGGUCUCUGUGACAACCGUGCCGCCCGCAGUGGCCGCCCCGGCCCAGGACAUCAUGAACCCUUCCUCUCCGAUGGCGACAGGGGUGCAGGGUUCGGCGGCGGCGACCCCAGAGCCUAACGUGGCAGUGGAGGUGGAGCCAAAGGUGGAGGUGAAGAGGGAGAGCCAGCUGGACAGUCACGCCGAGGAAGGAGGAUACGGGUUGUCGAGCUAUACUCCCGCCUCCUCGUUGGCCACCUGUAUGAUUAAUGCCAUGGCAGUUAAAAAAGAGGAGGACGUCGGCCUGCAUAUCAAAGAAGAAAAUCUGAGAGACGGACAUGACAGAGAGCGAGAGAGAGGGAUGAGCAGUGAAAAGAAGGCAGACAGAGAGGACCACAGCAUGGGCGACAGCAGCAAAGAGGCUGGACCUCGUUCCCCUCCUCCACCACCCUCAGGUUUGGACCCCCCUCCACCUCCCCCUGCGGAAAGAGACCCACCGACUUCCUCAAAGAAGACCAAGUUCCGACCACCACCACUCAAAAAGACACCCGACACUCUCGACAAGGUCUUGUCGGAGACGUACUUUGAGGAGCGUUUUGCUGAGCUUCCAGAGUUUAACCCAGAGGAGGUCCUGCCUUCGCCCACUCUGCAGAGUCUGGCCACCUCACCGAGAGCCAUCCUGGGAAGCUACCGCAGGAAGAGACGCAACUCCACGGAGCUGGAGCUGACAGCAGAAGACCCCAGCUCCCCGAGGAGGAAGACCCGUCGUCUCUCCAGCUGCAGCUCAGAGCCCAACACCCCCAAGAGCGCCGCCAAGUGUGAGGGAGACAUCUUCACCUUCGAGAGAGCAGGUACAGAAGGAGAGGAUCUUCUUGGAGAUCUGGACCGGGUUCCCUACUCGUCUCUGCGUAGAACUCUGGAUCAGCGCCGCGCCCUGGUCAUGCAGCUGUUUCAGGAUCACGGCUUCUUUCCCUCAGCUCAGGCCACUGCUGCUUUCCAGGCACGCUACUCGGACACCUUCCCCACCAAGGUGUGCCUGCAGCUGAAGAUCCGCGAAGUCCGACAGAAGAUCAUGCAGACGGCCACGCCCGGAGCCCUCGAGCUCGGAGGCUCAGUUGAAGGCAGCGGCGCCCCGUCCCACAGCUCCUCUUUCAAUCAAUCAGCCCGGGAGGACGGAGGGGCGGAGCAGCAGCAGCAGCCCGGAGACAAAGGCCGGAGGAGCCCCGAGGAGCCGAAAAGCGAAGGAUCCUAAGACAGGAUGGAGAGAAUGACGACGUGGGAAAAUCAAGGAAGGCGAAGAAGAGAGAGGAGUGUGUCAUCCCUGCAGAAUGUUCUUGUAUGUGUUGAACCAGUACGGGAUCUGUUCUUCUGGCACUAAUCUCCACCAGACCUGGGCAGGAAUACAUUUGAAUUAUGGUCACAGAUAUUCAAACUACUCAAGGUGCGCUUGAUUUGUCUAAUCAGACAUUUAAAAAACAAACAAAAAAAAGCCUCAAACGUGGACGAAUCACAUGCAAGUCCUGAUGAGUCAAGUGCUUCUUGUAGUGUCGUUUUCCCUUUUUUUUUUUUCCUCCGAGUAUCCAGAAUAUUUUCAGUUAACACUUUGCCCAGGUCUGCUCUCAGCACAUUUGUACAGUAGUUUGUAGAUGACACACAAACUCUGUGGUACACACUCUCUAUCUCUCUGGCACACACACGCACACAAAAACCCCAUGGUGCAUACGUAAUCUCCAGCAUGCACAUGACACCACACAAACACACACACACACACACCCUUACCAAAUCAGACUGUUACUCUUGGUUGGCAGUCCCCAGGAGCCGCCACCAAGGACCAUGACACACAAAGGCACUUUGUCACUUAUUGUGCAGAUGCAGUUUGCUGUUGCCAGCCAGCCAGCCAGCCCUCAGAUGCCAUUGACUUGACCUCCUUCUCGCCCCUUCCACUCCUCAGCACAGUGGUCGGGACACAAACACAACCCCAACGACCUCCACUAAUAUUCCACAGCCCCUCGAUGCUGCAAGACAGACAGCACACACACACACACACACACAGAUAUAUAUAUAUAUAUAUAUAUACACAAUACACGCAAACACAAGCAGUGCAUGGACACAUCUGUGCAGUGUGAGCACUUGUACACAAACAUAGUCAACCCUGGUCUGACCAAGCCAUUGGCCUGCACAGUUUUUAGUGAUUGUAGUGAGAAGAGAAACUGAAAGCAUGAAACCUGUUUGCUCCUGGAAAGCAUAAAGAAGGCAGGAGCUGGGAUGUAGUGUGACCAAUCUUUGCACCUUCAGUUUAUUGCCAUUAUGAAAGACUGAGUCCUCAUUGGCGGGAGCUGAUUAUAUAUGUCUGUAUGUCUGUUGGGGUGCCCUCCCCGAAAAAAAAAAAAACCUGUGUGAACAGGCACCGUAAAGAGAUUAUGUAAAGAGACUAUUGGUUGUGAGGCUUUGAAGAUUCAACGUUAAGUUCGACACUGACCGGCUCCAAACAGAGCACAGAGAAAACGAAGAAGAAGAAGAAGAAGAAACUGGAUGACGUUCAUUGGAUGGAAGAUUCAUAUUCCAACUAUAGGAAGACAGAUAAUAAUAGUGAAUAAGGACAACAACAACAACAACAACAUGACAAGCUUACCAACAGAGAGAAAACGUAGAAUUGUAACCAAACUUCUCUGAAUCUCCAAGUGGAUAUAAUGUUGCUUUCUCUCGUUAUCGUUGCCGUGGAAAUAACCAGUUUUACCGUGGCCUGUUUUUCUCUCGUGGCUCUAUUGUGUUUCUUCUCCAGCAUAAAAAAGAAAAUCACAACAAAAAAAAAACAAAAAACUUUGGACAAAGAAGGGGACAAAAUCAGUCUGUGGCCCCCCCGACUUUUAAUUGUACCUGGGGCGGUUCUCUCCCCCACACCCCCUUCCCUACUCUACGAUUUCUCACCAGACACAGAAGUUGGGGGAGCAGGGGGUGUUUGUCGUUUUGUAAAACGCAGAAAUCAGGUGUUUGCACAAUUUGUGCGGCCCUUCUCGUCUGGGACCGCCGCAAGUAAAAUCAGGAAAGUAUUGUUUUUAGAGAUUGUUUUAGUAGAAAAAAUAAUAACCUUGUUCCGUAUGUUAUCAACCACAUUUUUCCCCCCUUUACCCUCCUUUCAACCCAUCUCUCCUCAAAUCCUCCCCAUCUCCAAUCUUCCUCAACCUCCACCCCUCAAGUGUUGUUAGAAAGUGCCCUUAAGCACUGGUCCCGGGUCAAGCGCUAUGUAGCUCAGGAUGGCUCUGGUUAGGGUUAGUUCAGGGAAAGCAGAUCCUAGACCAGCCCUGGAGGGCAGUCUCUGGAGCCCUCCCCCCCUCUUCCCUCUCUUCUUCUUGACACUUUAUCCUUUCCCGUCAAAUGGUGCAAUAGGACAUUUAUUUUUUUGUUUUGUUUUUGUUUUUUGGAAAUGGGUGGGUUAUUUUGUUUCCUGGGGGGAAAGGCUCUGUGCCAUAGAUAUUAAAUCCAGUGCAGUCAGUCAGUGAGAGGAAUGAGCUGUUGUGAUACUAUCUUUAACUAUGGUAUAAAACAAAACAAAAAAUGAAUCACACAAUUAUUGUUAUUGUCGAAGAGAUAGAGGGUAUAACUUACUAAAAGUCAAAGACAAUUUUUGAAUAGCACUUUUUGGCUCUUUGCUUCCUCGGUGAAGAGUGGGGGUAGUUAUUAUUAUUAUGGGUAUCUCUUUUUGUUUCUCUGUAUACAGUUGGAUGUGUGAAAAAAAUAUAUAUACCGGUAUUUCCAUAUAUGUGCAUUUAGGUCUGUGUUCGGGUGUGUGUGUAUGUUAUAGCACAUGCAGGUAGUGUCUUAACACAACCAAUCUCUUGUUCUUUCUCCCCACUGCAACAUUAUCAAUAGUAUAUUUUUCAUUGUAUUCUACAUUCUAUAUUCUACUCUAGAGACAGUAUUUUUAUAGUCACCAUGACUAUUUUGUCCACCAUCUUGACUGUUAUCAAACCCAGUUGAUUCAGGAUAUAUAUAAAAUAUAUAUUCAGGAUAUAUAAAUAUAUAUAUAAGUAUAUAUAAAAAUACACACAGGUAAUAGACGACUAUCAAUUCACAUCUCUUUGGGGUUAGGGCUGUAAAGUGUCCAUCUGCAUGCAUGUGCAAUCACAUGCACGCGUGCACACACCGACACAGACAUAUGUGCAUACACACACAUGUAUGCGUGUACACUGUAUGAUUGUGCUUCAAAAUAAACUGUCCUUACUUUGGAGAAGGAAUUUUAGGAUGAGCGAGGUGAGUGUUAUCUCAUAAGCAGGCAUGUUGACCAUGUGCAAUAUUUCUAAACAACAACAAAAAAAAACUAAAUAUUGAAAAUAUUAAAGAUCUAACACAA